GCUCCGCCCCGCCGCGCCCGCCGCGCCGCAGCCCCGCAGCCCGGCCGCCGCAGGGCCGGCGGGGAGCGAGCGGCAGCCGGCGGCAUGAGGCGCGACCCGGCGCCCGGCUUCUCCAUGCUGCUCUUCGGCGUUUCCCUCGCCUGCUACUCGCCCAGCCUUAAGUCGGUGCAGGACCAGGCGUACACGGCGGCGGUGGUGCUGGAGGGCAAGGUGCAGUCCGUGGGCCCCCCCGCCGGCGGCGGCAAUGACAGCCGAGGAGCCGCCGGUCCCGCCGGGGGGGUCUUGGUCAAGGUGCUCGACCUGUGGCCCCUCAACAGCGGCGGUUUGCAGCGGGAGCAGCUCAUCAGCGUGGGCUCCAAGGCGCCCUGCUUUAAAGUGAAGCGCAACCACCGCUACAUCUUCUUUCUGGAGCCCACCGAGGAGCCGCUCGUCUUCCGCACCGCCUUCGCCCCGCUCGAUACCAGCGGCAAGAACCUCAAGCGGGACGUGGCGCGGAUCCUUUGCGCCGAUUGCGCUGUCCCUCCCAAACUGAAGAAACUGAAAAGCCCAAAUGUUCACGUUGGUGAAAAGAUCUCACUGAAAUGUGAAGCAACUGCUGGCAACCCUCAGCCAUCCUACAAAUGGUUUAAAGACGGCAAAGAGCUGAAGAAGAGCAAAGACAUCCGGAUCAAGUAUGGGAAUGGGAAAAAGAUUUCCAGACUGCAGUUCAACAAGGUGAAGCUGGAAGAUGCUGGGGAGUACAGCUGUGAAGCGGAGAACGUUUUAGGGAAAGACACCGCAAAAGGCAGCCUGAAUGUGAAAAGUGGAACAACGAAAGCACCACAAGUCUUACCAGCCUCAGAAACUAAAAUAGUUGUUAUGGAAGAACAGUUAACCACAACUCUCUCCUCCUGGUCCGGGCAUGCAAGAAAAUGCAAUGAAACAGCCAAGUCCUAUUGCGUCAAUGGUGGGGUAUGCUACUACAUCGAGGGGAUUAAUCAGCUGUCUUGCAAGUGUCCGAUCGAAUUCACAGGAGACCGGUGUCAGCAUUUCGCAAUGGUCAGCUUCUCCAAGCAUCUUGGAUUUGAAUUAAAGGAGGCAGAGGAGCUCUACCAGAAGAGAGUUUUAACCAUCACGGGAAUCUGCGUUGCCUUGCUUGUGGUGGGCAUCGUCUGUGUGGUAGCUUACUGUAAAACCAAGAAACAGAGAAAACAAAUGCAUAAUCAUCUACGGCAGAACAUGUGCCCUGCCCAUCAGAACAGGAGCCUUGCGAAUGGGCCAAGCCAUCCGCGUUUGGAUCCUGAGGAAAUUCAAAUGGCUGAUUAUAUUUCUAAGAAUGUUUCUGCCACUGAACAUGUGAUCCGAAGGGAAACAGAGACAACCUUUUCGGGAAGUCACUCCUGCUCCCCAUCUCAUCACUGCUCCACAGCCACUCCAACGUCCAGCCAGAGACAUGAAAGCCACACCUGGAGCUUGGAGCGGACGGAAAGCCUGACUUCAGAUUCCCAGUCUGGGAUAAUGCUGUCCUCAGUGGGAACCAGUAAAUGCAACAGCCCUGCGUGCAUGGAGGCACGGGCUCGCCGCGGGGCCGCCUUCUGCAUCGAGGACUCGCGGAGGCACAUGACGCAGUAUCGUGACUCGGUGGAUUCUCUGCGGGACUCACCGCAUAGCGAGAGGUACGUGUCAGCCCUGACCACACCAGCACGCCUGUCGCCUGUCGACUUCCACUACUCGAUGGCUGCACAGGUGCCCACCUUCGAGAUUACAUCCCCCAACUCGGCGCACGCCGUCUCCCUGCCGCCGGCAGCCCCCAUCAGCUUCCGCGUGGAGGAACAGCAGCCGCUCCUGCGGCGGUACCAGCUCCCCUUCCAGGACACACAGAGGUACGACAGCUACUACCAAAGGAAGACCUACCUAAACGACAGCAUGGGGAGCCUGCCCUCCAGCCCCUUCCGCAUCACGGAGGAUGACGAGUACGAGACGACACAGGAAUACGUCACAGCGCUAGAGCAGCCAAAGAAAACAUCCAGCAGCAACAGGCGGUGGAAAAAAUCCAAACUGAAUGGGCACGUCCCUCACAGAGCCAGAGCCGUCCGGGACUCCUUCUCCUUGAGCAGCGCCUCUUACAGCGAGUCUGACGAGGAGCUGGUGGCUGAGAGCACCCCCUUCCUAAGCACUCAGAACAAUGAGGCGGCGCACACAGAGUCGCCCGUGCUGCACCGGCCGGGCGACAGCCGGACUCACCAUUCCUGCAGCAGACACAGCGCCCACGGGGAGAGCGGGCGCAGCAGCCUAGCGCACACGACGCCCAAACCAGACCCGGAUCCUCUCUAGGUGCCUCCCGGCCUCGCAGACGGAACCCACGUGGAGGCGGUGGAAAAAGGGAGACAAAAAACCCGAAAAUAAAUAUUUUUAUUUUAUAUAAAAGAGGGAAAAAAAAAAAUAUAACAAAUAAAAUGGUUUAUUUUCAUUUUAGCGAAGUUGUCUUAUAAUAGCUAACGGCAAUGACUUUUUUAUAGGGAAUCUCUAUUUAUAUGUAAUGUCUUGAUUUACAGCUUCCAAGAAAAUUAAAAAGUAAAAAAAAAAAAAAAAAAAAAGAAAA